CGGUGGGGCGUGGCCUUGUGGAGGGGGCGUGGCCUCGGGUGGGGACCGUCCGGUCCUUCCCCCACCCCCCUCCGCCCCGGUCGCUGCUACCGGAAGGGCCCGGUCUGGCCCCAGCGUCGCCGCCGGCAGCAUGAGUGAGCGGGUGCUGUGCAGCGCCAGGGCGGCCGUGCUGCUCUAUGAUGAGCCCCAUAAGCAGUGGGUGCCGGCGGGGGGGGGCCCCCAAGCCCUGAGCUGUGUCCAGCUCUUCCAUCAUCCCGGCACCCAUGGAUUCCGAUUGGUGGGGCGCAAGAUGCAGCCUGACCAGCAGGUGGUGCUGAACCUGCCCCUGCCGCGGGGGCUGCGCUACUGCGCGGUGACGCCGCGGUUCCACCAAUGGCGGGAGGGGCGGCGGCUCUGGGGGCUCAGCUUCGGGGCCCCCCGCGAGGCCGCCGCCUUCGCCGACUCCGUCCUCGGGGCGCUGCGGGCGCUGGGCGAGGGCACCCCCGUUUCCUGGCCAGACCCCGACAGUGCAGAAGACCCCGACCCCCAGGAGAGGCAGCCACUGGAGGACCCCGAGCACCACGUGGCGGCCGCAGGCCCCCCCGCUGGAGCCCCCCCGCCGGCCCCCCCUGGUCCCCCCCCACCGCCGGGACCCCCCCCACCUCCUGCCCCUCCCCCAGCCGCAGGGAUGCUGGGGCCCCCCCCGUUAUCGGGGGCUGCGGGGGGUGGGGGGGGCUCCGGUUUCGCUGCUGCCAUCGCGGGGGCCAAGCUCCGGAGGGUCAAGGUGAGGGCAAUGAAUGGGGGGGGGUGGGGUGUCAAUGGGGAAGCAGCGGGGACCCCCCCUGCAGCCCCCAAGGGUGACGGCGCCCGGGGGGGCACCGGGGGUGGGGGAUUGAUGGAGGAGAUGAAUGCGAUGCUGGCCCGAAGGAGGAAAGCCACGCUGCAGGGGGACAAACCAGCGCCGAAGAGGGACGAUGACGUCACCAACGGCGAGGCGGAGCCGGGCACUAGGACCCAGGGGCAGCCCGCGGAACCCAUGCGGAGGCCGUGGGAGAAGGGGAGCAACACGCUGCCCAGGAUGAAGUCGGCUGCUCCAGCUGCCCCCAGUGACCCCCCUGCUCCCAGUGAGGAGCCUGAACUGGAGCGAAUCAAACAGGAGCUGCUGGAGGAGAUGAGGAGGGAGCUGCAGAAGAUGAAGGAGGAGAUCAUUGAAGUCUUUGUGAUGGAGCUGAGGAAGCGGAGCCUGCCCUGACCCCCCCCACGACCCCAGAUUUGGGGGUGCGGGGGGGUCCCUACACCUCCCUCCCCCCUUCGACCACCCUGGGCACCCCCCAGGCUGUGCCUUACCGCUUUGGGGGGGGCCCCAGCAGCCCCCCCUAUCACUGU